ACUGCCCACGUUUAUUACUCCACUGAGUAGUGCCAUUGGAUUCAAUGGAACUACAUACCUAAGUUUGAGUGUUACUGCUCACAUAAGUUAGUAUUGCAGAAUCAGGCCUGUCACAUGAAAACACAAAGCCUCGUGCCUGCUUUUUUGUAGGAAGAGAGGUAGAUUGUACGAAAUACAAGGGUUCAAUCUACUUUUCACUUCUUCCUGAGAAAUACAAUGCAGGAGAGUACCACUUCUAUCUCCAGGCUGCUUAGAAACCUCCUCCACCACAUUUCCUGUUUGUAACUGAGCAAAGAAGAGACAAAAGACUUUUAAGACCAAGAGAGCUCCAGAGGCAGACUCAAGUUGCCACGCUAAAGCAAAAGAGCGUAUUGGGGUGAGGCAGUUUAAACUCAAUUUUAUUUUCUGUUUGUGAUAAAGAAGCUCCUUCUCCAAACAGCAAUAUAUGAACAGAAAUGGACAAAGUUGUUGAGUGUCACUUCUUAAUCUGGGGACUUGUAGCCUUUUUGACUCUGGCUCUGGUUGUUUCAGUCAUCCUAAAUGUUUCAUUCUUCUUGAAAAAGAAGCAGAAAGAUUACACAUACAAAGACUAUCAAGAAUAUCAUCCAAGUGACGAUGACUAUUACACUGAAGAAUGCCCAGUUUAUGGCAACCUCAAUCAAGAGAUCCUAGCCUUGGAGGAAUGUUGCUAUGAACAGAUGACGGCUCAGCCCCAGAGACCCUCUACUGGGUUACAGGUGCAACCUGAAAAUCAGAUGUGCUACGCAUCUCUGGAUCACAGCAUUAAGGGAAAACACAGAAAACCUAGGAAAAAAAAAGCUCCGAUAGAAGAGGAGGAAGACAGGACAUCUAAAAGCAGCACAUUGGCUUCUAAAGCUAGCAUUUAUCUCAAUAGUGAGCAGCUAGCUGCUGAAAACACGGAAACAGAAGCCAUUCAUGAUGACCCCAUCAGAUUAUUUGGUUUGAUUCAUAAAGCAAAGGAGAAAACAUUUGAAGGGGAUUCAUGACCCAGCUGAGUCAUCAUGCCAAAUAAAGGGUCUUCUGCCUGGUCAUGCAACAGGAAGAUGCUGCAUAAAUAAGGAUUAAAAACCUGGUAAAUUAAUGCACCAAUCAAUGGUACAAAUGGAUGUCACAAGCAACUGCAGACUAAUUUAGGCCAGUAAAUAGCAGGAUGUUAGACCUUGACUGUUAAUUCUGAGGCCACCUGAAGAAGAGCUGGACACCCACGUAUCCACCCAAUUUCCAAGGGAGUUGCAGGAGCUGCAAACCUCUCAGAAUCUGGCCCCAAUUAGCUGUUGCAAUGUGUUGUUAUGCUAGUAGGUUAGAUUCAGUCCUUUUAUUUUACCCCUUUUUCUGAAAUGAAAUCAAAAAGCCCCACUCAGUCCUCUGCAGUAUACUAGCAGGUUCUGACUGUUAUUCUUUAUAGUUUCAUAAAUAAUUCUGGAAUUAGAGGCACUUUAGGAUUGGUGUAUUUAAGAUUGUGGUUGAUUGUACAAUUAAAAACUUGUUAUGCUGUAUUUCCCACUGUGACCUACAGUAACAUGUCAUUAUAUUUAAGUUUAGAGAAUAAUUGCGCAACUUCAGUUCAUUUAAUUCAAUACUUAAACAUCCAGAAAAACUUAACAAUUCCCUUACAUGUACUUUUGGUUUCCUUUUGGUGACCUUGUCUAGAAUGAAUCUCCCUCCUCUUCUAUUAAUGUAACAUUUUAAUCGGCUCUUUGUAAAGAAAAUGGCAAAUGAUCCAGAAAAACAAACCUCCUAGGGAAGAUUUAUUCCCAUAAUUUUCUAUUUGAUUCUACUGCGCAUGUCUACACAAGAUGCUAAAUACGCAAUAGACUAGUUCUACCGCACAUUACCAUCACUAAGAAGGCAUGUGUCGGUACUACUGCGCAGUAGUGCCAGUUACUGCUCAUUGAGUUAAUACCUGUUAUAAUAGGUACUAAACUUAAUGUGCAGUAACUAUGGCACAUUAAUGCACAUGUGGGCAUGCCCCCUGACUCUUACAUUGAUGCUUUUGAAGCUAUUUUAGGAAAGUAGAAAGGCCCUUUUAUUUCCAACAGGAUUCAUAUGGUGCAUGCACCAUAUUUGGACUUUUGUCAUGCUAAAAGUUGUUUAGGGAAGGGUCUUGUUCUUUUUUUAAUAUAUGAAACAUUUUGGGUUUGUGUAAAUAUUAAUAGUAAUAAUAGGUCAUAGUUGUAAUGGUGCCACCUUUUGGUACAGGAGCUCUUCACAUGCAAAACAAACAGAAUAUGAACUGUCAUAUUCUGAAAAUAUUAAGUAUUACUUGAAUGUGUCUGCAUCUUUCUUACAAUGAAAGUCUCCAAAAGAACAGCUAAUAUGAAGGAACUAGAAAAAAAAUACUAGUAGUGAACAGAAAAUGUAUUUUGCACAUUGUGAUAAAAACCAAUCUGAGAUUUCAAAAAAUAAGACGAUAAGCUUGAACUGAAAUACGGGAACGCUAAAGGAGGAAAUUUAUCUUACCCAUAUCAAAUCUGAAGGAAGUAGUUAUAGCUUAGUUACUACAGUAGAUCAAAGAACGCAACAUCUAUCAACAAACUCUUGCUUAACUUUACACACCAGAAGAACACACACACACACACACACACACACACACACACACACACACACACACACACAGCUUCAAUUUUGGGCCGAUCAAACCCCCGUGUUGUGCACACACCCCACUUACUUACCUGCCACUCUGGCGGACGAGGAAGCAAGUUGUUUGCAGGUGGAGUGGUCUCUGGCUGUGUGGGGGGUAGGUGCUUCUCCCUGCAGCAGUGGCAGCACCCCCCCAGGCAGCACCUGCAUGCAGGCACCCGGCUCAGGUGGUUUGCUAUGGUAGUUUGCUGCGCCCCAAGUCAUUUAAGGAGCAUUACGCCACUGAAUUUCCUACAGCAGCUGGAAUUAAUGCGCAAUACGCCACUGAGGUGUGAAAACACUGACACCAUUAAAGCAGUGCAAAAGCAUUUAGCUUGCUUUAAAGUGUUGUGCACACCACCCACUUGUUUCGUUUACAGACGGCCAAGCAUUUCUGCUGCUAUUUUUAUUUACAAUGGCAGCGUCUAUACAAGAUGCUACUACACAGUCACUUAAUAAGUUGUUGUAAUUGAAAUGUAUUUAGUACGUAAGUAUUAAAUAAAUGCAGUAACCUGAGUUACUGCACAGUACCGCCAGUGAACAGACACUUUUUUUGUGAUGUUACUGAGCAGUAGCCUAAUAAUAUUGUGCAGCAGCGUUGCGUCACAGUUUUUGCCAUGUGAUGCUACUGCACAGUAAUAUUGGGCUACUGAGCAGUCAGCGUCUUGUGUAGACAUGCCCAGUGGAUCAAAGACAAGGGAUAGAGUAUUUUAAAUUACAACAGUUUAUGAAGUCAGUGGUGGAAGUCAAAAGUGGCCAGGGACAACUUUCUGGGUUUCUCAUUAUGCUUGUACUGGGCACAUGGACUUUGCAUUCAACCUCCCUCUUUCACAGUGGAAAUCCCAAGUUUCUGGUAAUCUCAUGGGUUACUAAAGCCUCAAAACAAAACAUGUUUAAUUCCCAUUAACAUCAAUAGAAUAUACACAAAUGCUUAAAGCUAACCUCGUACCUAAGUGUCUUGCUUAUCUGGGAGUCUUGUAACUUUGCUCCCUCAGUAUUGUUAGUCUUAAUUUAAUCUUUUAUGGAUUGAUAAUACCUCAUACCAGCUAGGAAAACUUGCCAUCUUUUCCUAGUCAUUUGAUGAUGGAAGCAAAAAUGGAAACUUUGGCAGAUUCUAUUUCUAUGUUUGGCCACAGCUUUGAUUAAAUGGUCUAAAGGUUAUCAUCAUAGGAUAAGUAAUUUUAUCCUAUGAUGAUUUUUAGGAUAUUUUAGGAUAAACAACAUUAAAUGACCACAUCAGCUAUUUCUAGAGAUUUCUACUGGUCCUGAUAUAUGGAUAUUUUUCCCCUUCAGCAGUAAGGAGAUCUUUUUAAGGAAAUAAUUCUUCAGCUCUGUAGCCUUGGCUUAAAUUUUCAUAUAGACUGAACCUUUUGUCCUUAGCCUACAAGUCAGUGAAAACCAUAGAUCUGACCUAGCAACAACCUUUUUGGAGGUGGUUUUCAGGUGGUUGCAGAACUCUGAAAAGGAGAAUAUUCUUUUUUUGCUCCCUCUUCAGCAAACUUCCUAGGGGACCCCAUGUGACUGUGUACAUGAUAAGUGUGUGUUGUAUAAAUGCCAUGUUAAAGAGUAAUUUCAGUAAAAUUGUUAGUAAACAUCUGCAUAACCUAAAAUUCUGUUUUCAGUAAUAUACUGAGAAAGUAUUUUAAAUAAAACCAAGGUAAAAGAA